CGUAUCUCAUCACUUGGACCAAAUCUGCGAGACAUCAUUUUCUCGUUUCAACAUCUGAAUCUCAACGCAACAAAGUUAUGAGCCUUCGGCUGAGCAAGGACUCUAGCCUGCUACGUUGGACUCUGGUGGUUGCCGCUGUACUGCUCAGCGUAGCGCCUCUGUCAACCACAGCAUUCGUUCUUCCGCGCACCCGUCUCACGGCUCGAGACCUGCAAAGAAUCGAAUCCGACCGUCCCCAACAUUUUCUCUUCACCCGUCAGAGCCGAGCCGGGCUGCAACGUAAUGGACGAAGCAUCAAUGGCUAUUAUCGCCUCCAAGUCAAUGUGACCGGUCCUCGCGAAUCUGUUUUCCAAGACGAACAAACGGUUCUGGAAUGCGUUGCUUUCGGCCCGAAACCCGCCACCAUCUACUGGCUGAAGAACGGCGAGAAACUUCCACAGGAUGGCGCGUACGGAUCGAAUAUCUUCACAAGGGAAAAUCACGUGAAGAAAGGUUUCUCUCUCACCGAAGUCAAGUCGAAAUUGUUCAUCGACUGUGCAUCACUCGCCGACGAAGCUGAAUACACCUGCGUAGCGGCUACUCCUGAAGUAACGCGGUCCGCUAGCUACAAGCUCCAGUUGUCUCGGGCUCCGAACCUACUCGCGGCGCCUCGAUGCCGAAAUCCGUCGAAGAAAUCCAUGCAUUUCAAUUCGGUAUCCCCAGCUCGCAUCACAAUGUGGACCCACAACAAGCUCGCCACCUCUGGCAUGGACGUUAUCCUGGUCUGUCGUGCCCAGGGCUCGAACGUUGCCCUCAAUUGGUACAACGAAGACACGAAGCAAUCUGUGACCGAGCAGAACAGCGACCGUUUCCGCAUCCUCGAUAACGGCGACCUCGAGAUCAAAAACAUCCGGUGGGAAGACAUGGGCGGCUAUGCGUGCUCGGCCGAGAACGAACUGGGCUCCGAUCGUCAGACCGCCUUCUUGUACCCGCUGGCGCCCAACUCAGAGGACGACUACUGAAGAAACCGACGACGGUGCCAGCCUCAAAGACCAAAACAUCUUUGACCUAUCGCUAUUCUGCGUUCCGGCUGCCGCCAAGAGCCGUGCGGCGCUUCGCGGACAUACGCCUGAAUUUCUCUCUGCCUUCUGGAGUCCCGAUUCCGCUUCUCUUCCUACUUUCCUCUAGUCCUCCCCGAGACGGACGCUGCAAAGAUAAAAACCAAAAAAUAUCAGGAUCUUGAAUUUUCGAGUCUUCAUGAAGCUGGAAAGCUUGGCUUUGGCGCGGGAGAGGCCCUGGAAAAUCGCUGAUGAUGCUGGCGAUGAUGACGACGAAGCCGGCCGUGGUUUUUACACGCUCCGAGAACAACAAUCACCUAAGGAAGCUCAUCAUCGGACGGAUGAACACCAUCAGCAACAACAUUCAUAGGAACUUAGAAAACAUCAACAAAAAUGGACUCUUCUCCAUAUUUAUUUCAUCUAGCUUAGCACUAUGAAAUUCCCCUUCUGAUUUUGUGUAUAUAUUAUCUGCUUUAUUUAUAUUUAGAACAAUAUGAAAUCGCUAUGAUAUGAGUCAAACCAAUUCCAAACCAAUGCCAGCAAGGAGUUUCUAUAGUAUGACGUAACGAAUCUAGAAAAAUUACUGUAAAAUGAAAGGCGAUUAUUAUGGCUUUGAUCCGAAUAUAUUUCGCUCUGCAACAA